AUGUCUUCUUUAACUAAAUUAUUACAGGAAAAGAAGAACGAGCAUUCCUCAGAAAGUAAUUCUUCAUUAGCUACCAUCAGUGAGACUAAAAACCCACAACAGCAAAAUGAUUUUUACUCCGGAAAUGUUAAAGUUAUUAGAAAUGGCCCUACUAUUUUACGUACAACCUCAAGAACAUUAGAUUUAGGACAAACCCAACCUAGGAGAACAACUACAAGUGUAACAACUGUAACUCAAAUUGAUUCAGAGGAUGAUGCAAACCAUGGUAGCAUUGAUUCUAAUCUAUCUAAUAAUGCCAACAAUAAAUAUACUAAUACAAAUAAUACGCCAACUGUAUCUUCAAGUUUUUUAAAUGCAAAUUUUGCUCAUACUGCCUCAUUAUACACUUCAAAUACGGGCUCCUUUAUUGAUAAUAAUUAUAAUAAUUCAAUAUCUGCAAAUCAAUCUACAUCAUACUCUAACAAUGGAUACCCAAUAAGAAGAGAUUCUUUAAGAUCCAGUAAUAGUAUAUCUAAUGGAAGAAACAUUCCUUCUUUAUCUUCAAGUAUUCCUUACUCGGUACCGAAUUCAAAUAAAGAUAGUACACAUGGUUCAAAUUCUCAUGACUCAAAUAGUUCUUCAUUAACUUCUUCUUGGUUAGAAGUAUAUGGAAGUAGUCUGCCGAAAAAUGUAUCUGCAAUUGACUCAAAUAUUAUUUCAUCUCCACAGGUUGAUUCUGUGGAACCACGUUUUGUAAUCUCAAAACAAAAAUUACAAAGUGCUUCCCAAAGUAACUUACAACAAGCACAUGGAAAUUCCGUAUCUAGAUCAAACUCAUUUUCAUCUCAAUUUGGUAGCAUGUUCUUCUCUAAGCCUACUAAGGACAAACAAGGUUCUCCCCAUUACAAUGAUAAUAAUUAUAACAACAAUAAUGCAAUGAAUGGACAUACCUCUCAUAAUUCCGUUGGUGGUGGUAGUGGUAAUACUAAUGGAACUGCCAUUCCAAAACCGACCAGGGCUAGAACAACAAGCAUCUAUUCUUCUUCCAGGCAACCUUCAAGUUCUUAUACAGAAACUACAUAUGGUUCACCAAAUGCUCAAUAUGAUAAUACUAAUACAAAUCCUCCUAGUCAAAGUAUACCCAGGUCUCAUCAUUCUUCAAUCUCCAACUUAAGAUCUUUUUUUAAGAAAAGUUCAAGUAACUUAAACAACGGUACUUCUCAUAUAAAUAAUUCUAAUGUCGGUAGUGUUCCCGUACCAAGCAAUAUUUCUCACCAAUCUGUAGGUACAAGUAAAUCCUCAUUCACACCUGGUUCUUAUGGUAGUAUGAAUGGUGAGACUAUUUAUGUUGCUUCUUCAGUAAACCACAAUUCCUCUAGAGAUAAUCAAUUACCAUUUGCCAAACGUUAUAUUAGAACAGGUGAAGAUUUGGGUGCGGGUGCUGGUGGUUCCGUUAAAUUGAUCAAGAGAAUUAAUGAUAGUAAGAUCUUUGCAGUCAAAGAGUUUAGAGCUAAAUUUGAAAAUGAAACUAAGAGAGAUUAUGUAAAGAAGAUUACCUCCGAAUAUUGUAUUGGUACAACUCUGAACCACCCAAAUAUCAUACAGACUAUCGAAAUCACAUAUGAGAAUAAUCGCAUUUUACAAGUUAUGGAAUACUGUGAAUAUGACCUGUUUGCGAUCGUUAUGAGUAACAAGAUGUCCUAUGAAGAGAUUUGUUGUAGUUUUAAACAGAUUUUAACUGGUGUACAAUAUUUACACAGUAUUGGGUUAGCACACAGAGAUUUAAAAUUGGAUAAUUGUGUCAUCAAUAAAGAUGGUAUUGUAAAACUAAUUGAUUUUGGAGCUGCAGUAGUCUUUUCGUAUCCAUUUUCAAAGACUUUGGUUGAAUCUAGCGGUAUUGUUGGUAGUGAUCCAUAUUUAGCUCCUGAAGUUUGUAUAUUUAGCAAAUAUGAUCCCCGUCCUGUAGAUAUUUGGUCUGCUGCUGUCAUUUUUGCCUGUAUGAUGUUGAAGAAGUUCCCUUGGAAGAUUCCAAAAUUAAGAGAUAAUUCAUUUAAGUUAUUCUGCUCGGGCAGAAACUGUGAUUCUCUAAGUGCACUUGUGACAAGAACUCCAGACCCACCAUCCUACGAUAAUUCUAAGCAACUCGAAUCAGAAAAGAAAUCCACCUCCAACAACUCCGCUGAUCCAAACAAUCUAAACAUUGGGCCUCAAAGAUUAUUACAUUCAUUACCCGAGGAAUCCCAGCACAUUAUUGGUAAAAUGGUAGACUUGGCUCCCGCAUGUCGAGCUAAUAUUGAUGAAAUCAUGGAAGACCCAUGGAUUGUCAGUAUAGAUAUGUGUACGGUUGUAGAAAAUGGUUCUACGACAAAUAUUAUCACUUCUUCUGACCAUACUCAUACCCAAGUUGACCAAAGUGAAGCUCAUAUUGCUGGUCUCGAAAAGAAAAAGAAAGAGAAGAAUGCUGCAACUACGAGUAAUGCUAAUAAACAACACCAUUGA